AUGUUGAGAUGGAAUGGCGAGACUGAAGCAUUCUCGCCGCGACACGAAGCCUCCACCAUCGAGCUCUUCUUCGAUCUCUUCUUCGUCGCCAAUCUCGCCACUUUCACCGACUACCAUGCCAUCACGAACUGGGACAACUUUGGCUCGUAUAUUGCCUUCUUCGCCAUCCUCUGGGUCUCAUGGUUCCAAAUCACCACGUUCGACGUCAGAUUCGCCGCCGACUCGGUCUGGGAGCGAGGCUGCAAAGUCGUGCAUUGUCUCUACUUCAUCUCCAUUAUGUUGGUCGGAUACAAGGCCGAGCCAUCGUUCGUAGAUCCGAAAAUUCCAGAUUGGGUGCAUCAAACGCUGUGUUUCGCCAUGUUGAUAAAUCGCGCCUGGCUGGGCAUACAAUAUCUAGUCACCACCAUAUACAGCACCAGACCCGGCCAUCACCCAAAGGACGUUGUUCUGCCGCUUGCGAUUCAGUCAGGUCUAUUCUUCCUCACGGGCGGAGUCUACGGUGCGCUCGCCGGGACUUUCCAUGACAGGAAAGGCGACAUUGCCGGUUUCUACUCCGCCAUCUACCUGACCCUGACGAUAGAGUUGAUGGCCACUCUGGGAAUCAGCAUGCGAUGGCGCAAACUGUCCUUCCGUGCAACACAUCUCAACGAGCGACUCGGCUUGCUCGGCAUCAUCAUCAUCGGCGAGGGUGUGAUCGGUCUGACAAAAACAAUCAUCAACACCAUGGGCAGGACAGGUCCCGACUAUCUCUACUACGCGCUGAUAUUCUGCAACGUCUUGAUCCUCCUCUUCAUGUGGCAACUCUACUACGACAACCUCCCACGCUACCGCUUCGGCACCAUCAAACAACAGCUCUGGGCCGCCCUCCACUUCCCCAUGCACCUCGCCAUCCUCGGCGUCGCCGAAGGCACCCGCCAGAUCAUCCUCGCCUACUUCGCCGUCGAGCACGAAGACCUCGUCCUCGGCGACGUAACCAACGCCUGCAACACCGAACACCUCGACGGCACCGCCCUCUCCGAACGUCUCAGCAAGACAAUCAAAAGCCUCAAGCUCGACUCCUCCUGCCCCGGCCGCGAGAGCCUGCCCUUCAUCUACGACCAGAUCGCCCUCCUCGGCAACUCCACCGGCGUAUGCAGCGCCGCAAACAUAACCAACCCGGACAACGUCGCGCCCGGGCUCGGCGGCGUGCCACGCGCCUUCGUAGACUACAUCUCGCGCGCCACCGGCGGCGUCGUGCAGUCGCUCAACAUCGAAUACAUCCCCGAGGCCGAGGCGUCCGGUCUGGCACAGAGCAUGUCCGCGCGCAAGGUCGUCUACAACUACUACUGGGGCGCCAUCCUGCUUCUGCUCGCCUGUCUAACCGCGUCGGCGCUGCUUGCCAAGGAGGGCCACCGGCUCGCGAGGAUGCGCACGGUCAGUGUGGUCGUGCGGAGCGGCGUCGUGAUGACCGUGGCCAUGCUGCUGAUGCUGGGCAAUCUGUGGAAGGAGUUCCUGCGCCAGUUCAAUGGCAGUCCGUGGGUGCUGCCGACGGUCGUGUUCAUGUUCUGGGUUGUGGCGCUGGGCGAUCGGUAUAGCAAGGGCCGGUUGCAGAAGAAGCGUGAGGAACAGGCUGCUGGGGCGGCUUCGUCGUAG